AUGAUGCUGCCUGAGAUUCCUCUCCCUCCCCUGCCGAAUGUUGGUGCCCCCUUUUAUCGGCCACUAGAAGUUGAGCUGUGUGAGGACGCCGCGCGCAAUGGCGAUCUGAAAAGGGUCAAGGAACUCGUCCAACAGCUCCUCUACAGCCCUCGUCCAUCGUCUGAGACCCUAAAACCGCAGCCGACAUGGUUGUACAGUUCGAUCACCACCGCCAUCGAGCGCCAUGACCUCGAUAUGGUGCUUUUCCUCCUCGACGAGAACGUCACAACCCCAGAUGACCUCCCCUUUGAGGGGGCAGUACGUUGUCGAGCUUUCGAGAUAUUGGAACUAUUCCUACAGCGUGGUUGGGAUAUCAAUAAACCCCUGCAUCGGAACGAACCGCCCGUGUUAAGCAUUCCCCUCUGCACAGGAGACAAAGAAAUGGUCAUCUGGCUACUCGACCACGGCGCCGACCCCAAUGCCCGCUGCGCCUGGGACUUUACGCCGACAUCGCAAGCCAUGUUAUGCGCGCCGCUCGAUCUUAUAGACUACCUCUUCAACAGCGGCGGCGGCGAUGCACGACGUGGAGAACUGCUGCAGUACGCCGUCCUGAGAGACAAGCCUGAUGCAUUAGAUAUCGUGCGACGCGCUGUCGAGCACGGUGCCCCGAUCAACAAGGUCAUGUACGAAGACGAGCCCCAGGUGUUUUGGGAGCGGGAGCCAUUUGGGUUGGGCACCCCGCUGCAUCGCGCGGCGGAGUUUGGGAAGGUUGAGAUUGUGAAGUACUUGCUUGAGCAAGGAGCCGACCCGCUCAAGUUGGAUAGCAGGGGGAAAACGCCACGCUACUGGGCAGAUAUCAAGGGUCAUUCGGCCGUGGUUACUGCACUCAUUCAUGCGGAGGAUCAGUGGAGUAAAAUACUGCGCAAGGAGAGUAGCAGCUUGUAG